GUAGGCGCGCGGGGUCGGGAGGGCAGUACUGCGUUGGACUCCGCUGUGGAGCAGCAAUGUCGCGCUACGUGGUCUUGACUGUGCUCGCGCUACUCUCCCUGCCGGGCCUGGACUGUGUGCCGCGUUCUCCAAAGAUCCAAGUUUACUCACGUCACCCAGCAGAAAAUGGGAAGCCAAAUUUCCUCAACUGCUAUGUGUCUGGAUUUCAUCCACCCCAGAUUCAGAUUGAUUUGUUGAAGAACGGAGUGAAGAUAGAAAAAGUGGAGCAGUCAGACCUGUCUUUCAGCAAGGACUGGUCUUUCUAUCUUCUGGUCCACACUGAUUUCACCCCCAAUGAAAAAGAUGAGUACGCCUGCCGUGUGACACAUGGAACUCUUUCGGAACCCAAGACAGUUAAAUGGGGUAAGUUUUUAAGUUCUUUCCUCCUUAGCUGCCAAAGGUUGUAUCUGAGUAGAGUCACAGCAUAA